UACGUGUGUAUCAGUUUGGGGAGAAUUGAAAUCUUUACUGUGUUGAGUCUUCCAGUCUUUGACCACGAUUGAGGAACUGCAGCAGGCAUUAACCGUAAAACAGAAUGAAGAACACGACCGCCAGAGGAGGAUAAGUAACACUCGGAAGAUGAUCGAGGAUUUGCAGAAUGAACUGAAGACCGCAGAAAACUGUGAGAAUCUUCAGCCCCAGAUUGAUGCCAUUACAAACGAUUUGAGACGAGUUCAAGAUGAAAAGGCAUUAUGUGAAGGCGAGGUAAUUGAUAAGCGAGGAGAGAAGGAGAGCCUAGAGAAGGAGAGAAAGAGUGUGGGUGAUAAUAUUGUACGAUUUGACAAUCUUAUGAAUCAGAAGGAAGAUAAGCUGCGACAAAGAUACCGUGACACAUAUGAUGCUGUUUUAUGGCUAAGAAGUAACCGGGACAAAUUUAAGCAAAGAGUCUGUGAGCCUAUAAUGCUCACGAUCAAUAUGAAAGAUAAUAAAAAUGCCAAAUAUAUUGAAAAUCAUAUCUCAUCAAAUGACUUGAGAGCUUUUGUAUUUGAGAGUCAAGAAGAUAUGGAGGUUUUUCUCAAAGAGAUUCGUGACAAUAAAAAAUUAAGAGUAAAUGCUGUUAUUGCUCCCAAGAGCUCAUAUGCAGACAAAGCACCUUCAAGAUCUCUGAAUGAGCUAAAACAGUAUGGAUUUUUCUCUUACUUGCGAGAGUUAUUUGAUGCACCUGAUCCUGUCAUGAGCUUCCUUUGCUGCCAUUAUCAUAUUCAUGAAGUUCCUGUAGGAACUGAAAGGACCAGAGAAAGAAUUGAACGGGUAAUACAAGAAACCCGGUUAAAGCAAAUGUAUACAGCAGAAGAAAAGUAUGUGGUGAAAACUUCCUUUUAUUCAAAUAAAGUUAUUUCUAGUAACACAUCCCUAAAAGUAGCCCAGUUUCUCACAGUCACUGUGGAUCUAGAGCAAAGAAGACACUUAGAAGAACAGCUAAAGGAAAUUAAUAGAAAAUUGCAAGCAGUGGAAGCAGGGUUGAUUGCCCUAUAUGAGAGAAACAAACAUCUAGAACACAAAGACAAUGAGCUUAGACAAAAGAAGAAGGAGCUGCUUGAAAGGAAAACCAAGAAAAGACAAUUGGAACAAAAAAUUAGCUCCAAACUAGGAAGUUUAAAGCUGAUGGAACAGGAUACUUGCAACCUUGAAGAGGAAGAGCGAAAAGCAAGUACCAAAAUCAAAGAAAUAAAUGUUCAAAAAGCAAAACUUGUUACUGAAUUAACAAACUUUGUAAAGAUUUGUACUUCUUUGCAUAUUCAAAAAGUUGAUUUAAUUCUUCAAAAUACUACAGUGAUCUCUGAGAAGAACAAAUUAGAAUCUGAUUACAUGGCUGCUUCAUCACAACUCCGUGUCACAGAGCAACACUUCAUUGAGCUGGAUGAAAGUCGACAGAGAUUAUUGCAGAAAUGUAAGGAGCUGAUGAAGAGAGCUAGGCAAGUAUGUAACCUGGGUGCAGAGCAGACGGUUCCUCAAGAAUACCAGACACAAGUACCCACCAUUCCAAAUGGACACAACUCCUCACCCCCCAUGGCUUUCCAGGAUCUUCCAAACACAUUGGAUGAAAUUGAUGCUUUAUUAACUGAAGAAAGAUCAAGAGCUUCUUGCUUCACAGGACUGAAUCCGACAGUGGUUGAAGAAUACACAAAAAGAGAAGAAGAAAUAGAGCAAUUAACUGAGGAACUAAAGAUAAAGAAAGUCGAACUGGAUAAAUACAAGGAAAACAUUUCACAGGUAAAAGAAAGGUGGCUUAAUCCUUUAAAAGAGCUCGUAGAAAAAAUUAAUGAAAAAUUCAGCAAUUUUUUCAGUUCUAUGCAGUGUGCUGGUGAAGUUGAUCUACAUACAGAAAAUGAGGAAGACUAUGAUAAAUACGGAAUUCGCAUCCGAGUCAAGUUCCGCAGCAGCACACAGCUGCACGAGCUGACCCCACACCAUCAGAGCGGUGGUGAAAGAAGUGUUUCCACCAUGUUGUACUUGAUGGCGCUUCAGGAGCUUAAUCGAUGUCCGUUUAGAGUCGUGGAUGAAAUCAAUCAGGGAAUGGACCCGAUCAAUGAACGGAGAGUGUUUGAAAUGGUUGUAAAUACCGCUUGUAAAGAAAAUACAUCUCAGUACUUCUUUAUUACACCAAAGCUCCUGCAAAAUCUUCCUUAUUCAGAAAAGAUGACUGUAUUGUUUGUCUACAAUGGUCCUCAUAUGUUGGAACCUAACAGAUGGAAUUUAAAGGCUUUCCAAAGGCGGCGGCGCCGUAUCACGUUCACUCAACCUUCUCAGUAAAAGUAAAGGGCGAGAACUUUCGAGUUUUUUUGGUUAAAUCCUGUUUAUAAGUAUGGCUCACCUGAAUAAAAGGAGAUUCAUUAAGACUAA